UUCCCCCUAGACCAGAAGGAUCCAGAUCCAAUCCAGGCCCCGGAGGCACCGGCUCCCAGACCUGCCUUUCCUGGGUCGGGGGGCUGCGUCUGUUGCGGAGGAAGAGGAGGAGGAGGGAAAGGAGGAGGAGGGAAAGAAGGAGGAGGAGGAGGAGGAGGAGGACCGGGCUCGGGAGACGCUAAAGGAUCCCAGCGGGACAACCUGCGCCCAGGGAGGAGGGCCCGGAGGGGCGAGGAGAGGAGCGGGAAAGCGUGGGAAAAGGAGUAGGAAAGCAUAGGGAAGAGCGGCAAGCGUAGGAGAAGGAGCCGGUAAGCGUGGGACCACACCUAGGGACUGAACGCGAGGAGGAAGCGGGGGUGCAACUGCUUGGGGGGACGGGACGGGGUGGGGGGUUGGAUGGGGUGCGAUGCAGCCCUCCCUAGGGCUUGCUGCCCUCUGCUGGGACCCCUGUUUGCCAUCGUCCUGAUCCAUCUGCCCUCCGGGGCCUCAGGACAGUUCCAAGUGACCGCCCUCACAUCCCCGGUCUGGGCCUCCAUCGGGGGAGAAGCUAUCCUCUCCUGUCAGGUGUCCCCCAGAGGAAAGGCCGAAGCCCAGCGUUGGUUCCACUCUCAUUUCAAGUCAGCCAUUCUGCUUCAAGGGGACUGGAACGGGGAACAGCCCCUGGCUGAGUACCAGAACCGGACCGAACUAAUGGACCCCAGCCCCAACGACGACCCUGGUACCGUCAGCCUGAGAAUCCGUGACAUCCGGGUUUCGGACAAUGGGACCUACACCUGCUAUUUCAAAUCCGUCUCGUAUUACCACUCCGCUACUGUGCAGCUGCAGGUGACAGCCCUGGGGUCUGCCCUUCACCUUCACCUGAAGGACUACGAAGAGGGCGGGAUACAGGUGCUGUGCCACUCUGCUGGCUGGUUCCCUACUCCCCUGCUGCAGUGGAAGAAGCUUGGCCAUGAGCAGGAGCCCUAUGCCUCCAAGGUCCAGAUCACGGAGGACGGCGACGGCCUGUUUGGGGUGGAGGGAGCCCUGAUCCUGAAGGAAAGCGAUCCUGUGAGCUGGGUCUGCCACGUGAGCAGUGGCCUGAAGAACCAGGAGAGGGAAGCCAGGUUUUCCGUGGCAGAUGUGAUCUUCCCCCACCACUCUCCAAUGUUGCUGAUCCUGCCUCUGUUCCUGGUGGCUCUGGUCCUCUUGACUUUAGUCUGUUUGAUUCUCCUCCGGAGGCAGCUCAGAGAAAAUGGACGACUUCUGCUUGUUAAAGAGAACCUUUUGGCAGAAAAUGUAAAGCUGAAGAAGGAGAGAGAUGCCAUGGUCUCUGAUCAAGAAGCGAGGCUGGAGAACAUGCGGCAGUUUGCAACGGACCUGACCCUGGACCGGGCUUCGGCCAACCCCUACCUGUUGGUAUCAGAGGACGGCCGAGCCGUGAGCCGCUCGGACACACGCCUGGCCGUGGACGACGGGCCGGAGCGGUUCGACCCCAGGGCUAACGUCCUGGGGAUGCCGACCUUCACCUCCGGCUGCCACUUCUGGGAGGUGGAGACGGGGAGCAAGCGAGACUGGGACGUGGGCGUCUGCCUGGACAGCGUGGCCCGCAAGGACAUGGUCACCCUGGGGCCCGAGGCCGGCUUCUGGGUCCUGUGGGCCCGCAACGGGAGUCAGCUGGCAGCCAUCACCACGCCCAAGACGGCUCUGAGCUCGGACGCCUGGCCCCGCCGAGUGGGUGUCUUCCUGAACUGCGAGGCUGGGACCGUUAGCUUUUACAACAUCAACACCCACCAGCUCAUCUACAGCUUCACCGAGCCCUCGGGCUUCCCUGGGCCUCUCCGUGCCUUCUUCUACCCGGGGCCGAGGCCCGAGGGGCAAGAGUCUGUACCGCUGAAGAUCCUGGAACCUGGAAGGUGGGGCUGAUGGAUUCGUUCCUGCAUCCUGGAGCUGGGGGAUGAAGGGACCCGGGUGUCCUGCCUCCCAGCGUCUAUUUUCUGGAUCCCAAAGCAUGUACUGAUAACCAGGGCUCUCGUCUCCUUGAGACCACGUUCCUCUUUCAGAACUCGAGAGUCCCCACUUCUAGACUCUGACUCCAAGCAGCUUCCCCUCUGAUCGUUCGAUGAAUCAUUCAGUCAGUGGUGCUUACUGAGUCCUUACUGUGUGCAGAGCACUGUACCAGAUAUUAAAGAGAGUAGAAUACAGCAGAGUUGGUAGACACGUUUCCGGCCCACAACAAAGUCUAGAGGGGGAUAAAGCAAGGAAGAGAUAAGGAUGUGCCGUUUCAUCUGAGAGAUUACAGGAAACACACAUCUCCACUUCACUCUAGGGGAGAAUGCCCCACAGCUCUGAUCCUAUAAACCCUUGGAGAAAAUUGAUUCAAGCUCUUUACCUUGUAUUUGGUUUUCUCUCUUUUUUGUUUCUUGUGGUAGUUUUUAAGUGCUUACUAUGUAUCAAGCGCUAUUCUUAGCUCUG